AUGGGCUUAGAGACAAAGAUCAAUAAAACAGCCAAGUCGCUGACUGGCUUCAAUGGCGCAACAACGGUUACUGUGGGCACUAUAGAUCUCAACGUCUACUCCCCACCUGUAAUCAGCUCGCAAACGUUCAUGGUCAUUGAUGAAGUCUCACUAUACAAUGGCAUUCUGGGCAGACCAUGGAUUAGCAAGAUCAACGCCAUCAACUUCACCACACAUCAGAAGAUCCGCUACCCAAUCCCUAGGGGCGGUAUCGGCUAA